AUUGUUCUCAUCAUUGUUCUCAUUGUUAUCCACUGAUCACGAUCUAAUGCCUCCCUGAGUAUUACAACUCUUGAAUACCUAUAGAAGCCUCACUAUACAUCCGAUGCGCAAUCGCCGAACCAUUUAAUAUGGAUCCGGGCAUACCAAUCACCUGGAACGAAGCGCUAUCAGGAGUUUUUGGCUCCAUAUCAAUCGCAGCAUGGAUAUUCUUACUGGUCCCCCAACUCAUCACUAACUACACCCAUUCCUCUGCCUCCGGCCUCUCCCUCGCCUUUCUCCUCGUCUGGCUCCUCGGCGACAUUACAAGCUUCGUCGGCUCUCUUCUCGCCCACCUCGUCCCCACCGUCGUCCUCCUCGGCGGCUACUUCUGCGUCGCGGACUUCGUCCUGAUCACCCAGGUUCUCUACUACAAUUUCAUCAACGCGCGGCGCGAAGCGAAAAAGCCGAGCGCAGCGCACGCUAACGCAAAUGGACAUACCGCCGACAAUGAGGAGAGCCCGCUCUUAAGGAGAGACAGUGCCGAGGCCGCCCACCAGCCAAGGAGGAGGAAGAGUAGCACGGCGAGCAGAAGGUCGACGUUAUCAAGGCGGUACAGCCGGGGUAGCUUGCCGAGUAUCUUAGAGGAGAGUACCGGCACGACCGCGUGGUUGAAGAAUACCGGCGCAAUCAUUGGAAUCUGCGCCGUUGGUGCUGCCGGAUGGGGAAUUGCAUACGGUACAGGCGUGUGGAAGCCUGUGCCAUCUCCAUCAGCUGUCCAUGCUAGCCGGAUGGGGAAGGAAGCCAGCAUGCAGACCGCUGCGUCGGUGUUGGGCUACGCAAGCGCCGUGUGCUACCUUGGCGCACGGAUACCGCAGAUUGUUAAGAAUCAACGCGAGAAGAGCUGCGAAGGGCUGAGUCUGCUCUUCUUCUGCUUGAGUCUUCUGGGAAACGCAACGUAUGGAGCCGGGAUCCUCUUCCACUCGCUGGAGAAAGAUUACGUCGUGAAGAACCUGCCGUGGUUGCUGGGCAGCUUGGGAACAAUUGUCGAGGAUGUUGUCAUCUUCGUCCAGUUUCAUGCGUUCAGAGAUAGGCCGCCGCCCUCCGCCAUCGUGUAAUAAAAGUGCUUUUCACUUGAGAAUUCCCUUUUUAAGUCUACGUGCGCAUUUCUGUUUACCUCUGCUGCAUCUGUUGCAGUAUAUGUGAUAAUGUCCUUGUUCAGGCGCUGGUGGA